AUGGUUUUGGAAGCUGGUUCAAAUCCGAUAGAAACAAUUAAACACCCUGGGGAAUUCGACACAAUGUUGAAAACAGUUUUAUAUCCUAAAGAUUUCGAUUCAGUCUCGGGUUGGAUACCCGAUGUUGGUGAUGGAAUUGUUUUAAAAGAACCGGUAGGAAAUGAUGCUGAUUUAGAUAGAGUGAGAGUUGUUGCUCGACACACGAUAGAAAGAGUAGCACGAGCAGCUAAAUCAUGGAUUCGAAAAACGAAGAAUGGUUCAGAUGCAAAAUUAGAAAUAACGAAUCUCCAACUUUUUAUACCCGUAAUAACACCAUCAAUUGAAGUAGAAACGAGAAUAUUCAACUCGUUAACUAAAGAUAUUGAAAUAGCUUUUCUUCGUCGUAAUACGGUAGGUAGUGUGACUUUAACUGGAGAAUCCACCACGUGGCCAAUCACUAACACUAUUAAACCAGCAAGAUAUUUAAUGGUUGGUUUCAAGAACUUAGCAGAUUCUCAAACGAAUAACAAUAAUGUCUUCAGAGUGGCAAUGAACCAAACUCAAGAUCCUAUAAUCCAUAAAGUUCAAGUAAGAUUAAACAACGAUAAUUAUCCUAACCAACCUUUGACAAUUAAUCCAACUACAAAGGAUUAUAAUGAAUUGUAUAGAAACUAUAAAAACAUGUGUGAAUUAUUUGGAAAUCCACCUCAGUUUGAAUAUGUAGAUUUUGCACUUAAUCAUCCAAUCUUCUGUUUUGAUCUAUCAGCUCACCAAGAAGAUCUUUUCAAAACAGGAGUCAACAUAAAUAUUCAUAUUGAAAAAACACAAGGAGAUGUAACAGGUUAUUGUUUAUUAUUGGAAGAAGCAAAACAUUUUAUUAAAAUAGCAGAUAGAAGAAUGAUAAGAAUUGAGUAA